UAACGCUAAGGUGGCGGUGUUGGGAUUGUGGGGAAAGGGCAAUGGCUAUGGCCUCUCCCAUCAACUUUGCCCAAUUCAAUACCAUCAUCUUCUCCCGUCGACAGCCUUCCUUCUGCUGCUGCUGCUGCGCUUCAUCGUCAGCUCCACCGAGAAAGCCGGAAAAUACUACUACUAAUACCAGUAGAAGAUUGGUCUCCAUCUCGGUUGCCUUCUUCUCUUCCCUCUCCGUGUCUCUGUGCACAGACGCCGCCAUUGCCGGCAGCUUCUUGGAUAAGUACGUCAAAAGGAAGAAGCUUGAUCCGCUCGAGGCUUAUGUGCCUGCUGUUAUUUUGACGCAGUUGCAAAUUGAGGACUUAGGAAAAACUCUUGAAACUGAUCAACCUCAAUAUGGUUCCUGCCGGAAUUUAUUACGGUCUGGUCCGGCUGCUUCUCUUCGCAUUAAUAUUCGAGCUGUAGCUCAAUAUGCAGUUGACAGUGGCAAUGGAAAAACUGCUUUCCAGAGUGUUGACCAAUGUCUCAGGGCUUUGGAGGAACUUGAUUCUUUGCUCCUGCGUGCAUCAAGAAAUGAUGGAGAAGCCUCAGUUGAGUCAAUGAAGACUAAGAUUGGUACUGCUAUUGAUGCAUUGGACAGCCUCCUCCGAACUGUUCCUUCUGAGGUGCUAGACAAAGGGAAGGCUAUUGCCGAUGCAUAUAGGCUCCCAGAAGAUGAAGAUAUAACACCUGAAAAUUUGGACCCAGAAAUGAAGCAAUUGGAAUCCAUAUUAUGAUUUCUUGAUACUUGCUCGCUCAAGUAGAACCCCUUAUCAUACAUCCUCAGCUCAGUCUUCAAAACAGCAUCGAGAGAGACAAACUGUCCACUUACGUAAUGCUGCUACCACUUCACAAUCAAAAGCAUUUGAACUCAUCUAAUAUGUAUGUAUAUUUGCCCUCUGCUACGGUUAGGCCAUGUUGGUCUCAUAUGUAUUGUUAACCACUUUGGGUUUAGGCAUUGUUAACUUCACUGAGCAGUUACUUCAGAUUCCCAUUGAUGUACAAAUGUCCAAUUAUAUGUAUGUGUGUGUUUUUCCUUUCC